AUGUUCAGAGCCGUUUUCUUUGCUGCCUUCCUACUUGCAGGCGUUUUUGCAUUUCGUCUUAAAGACCUGCCAGGUUUGCAAUGUUUUGUUUUUAAUUUUCGUAACAAAUUCUCUUCAAUUAGUAUAGUGAAAAAUCCAUUAUGGUUCAGACCAUGCCUAUUUCCAUUUUAUAUGUCAGUCUACCUUUUAAACAAAAAAUACCAGUAGAGAAUGUUAAAAUACUCUUGGAGAGCUUUCCAGCAUUGAGGAACACCAUGUAAGCUACUAGCUUAAUUCCUUGGCUUCGCACACACUCGGCCAAACGUGCACCAUUUAUCCCGCCUAAUUUUAACGGUCUGCAACGAUAAUUAUAUUUGCCUCGAUCAAUAACAGCUUUGUUUAAGCCAACUUAGGUCGUUGGAAGUUGUUCAACCAUGUUGACGUGUUUAAAUGUUUAAGGAAGAAAAACGAUCAUUGGAAGUACGUUUAAAACUUUUAAGCGAUGAAAAAACUCUUAACGUUUUUUGAUAGGAUUAUGUAACUUCAACGCAAUUUAUUCUUCUUAGUUUGUUCUUCGAAAAUUUAGACUCCUGUGUGGUUGAAACCGUUGAACCGCAGAAAUACGACCGUUGGAACUAAGAUUAAUUAUGAAUUAACUGUUGGAUUAAGUUCUUAAGCGAUGUUGAAGUAUAAGUUUGAAAAAUAUAUAUUAUUGGAGGCACGUAUAAAAAAAAUAAGAUUUUUAACUUUAAGAGUGACCUUCACUGAACAUGAAUUCAUAUUUAUUCUUCCUUUGUUCUCGAAAAUUUUGGCUCUCAGGCAGUUGCAGCCGUUUGAACCACCGUAAAUGACCUUGAAAAAAUGUUUGUCUACAGGCUCUCACUCUUUCCCUUCUCUCUCCUCUCGAUUUUUUCACCCUUUCCCCAAACAGAAACAUCCUCGCAUACCCAGGGGCAGAUAGUGGGGGCAAGGGAAAGUCUAAACGGGCGUGUUUUUUUUCCCGCCCUUUAGACUUUCCCUUGUCCCCACUAUCGCCCCUUGGGCAACUCGGAAACGGCCUAAUUUUGGCGGGUGCUUGCGGUCAUGUAUAGGUGUUCUUCCCAGGACAGAUUAAUAGCAUGUGUUUUCUUUUGGUGCGGUUUUCUUUUUAACGAAUUCCCUUAAAAAAGUUGGCGAAGAUCAAUGAUGCCCUCUCAGACCUAACAGAAAAAAAAGAAAGAAAACUACAAGACAUUUGUUUUAAUUUUUUGGCUCCUUUUACACAAUUUUUUAAUAUGGCAUACGUAGAGUGGCGAGAAGAAGAUGAGGGCAGACGAGAAAUGCCACAGGAACGAGGAUUUAUCCCGGAAUAUGAAGGUAAACAGAAUACCCGGUUAAUUUUAGACUUUGAAGAACUUUCCACAAAAUUGCAAAAAAAUAUAUCAGCUUUUAUAUGCAGUUUUCUCGAUCGGUUCGAACUCUUUAUCGGAACUUGCUAAUUAUGCACAGUUUCAGAAGGUGGUAUAUUACUUCAAUUAUAUUAUCAUGUAAUAUUUGAAUGAAGAAUUAAAAAAUUAUCACUGAUAUUUUAUCAUUAUUAUUAUGAAAUGUUUUUAAUUCGAAUAACUUUUUUAAUGAAAUGAAUUUUUCUAAUCAAAAUAAAGUGUUUUUCGUCGAAGGGAGUUGUUGUAAAUAGUGUUUUGACUGAAUAGUUUUUUUAAGCGAAUUAAUUGUAAUAGGAUUUUAAUAGUUAGCUUUGUUAUCAAUAAAAUUAUUAUUAUAAAAAAUAUUUAUUAUUAUUAUUAUUAUUACUAUUUAAUUUUUAUAUUCCCUUCUUACUUUCUGUAGAAGAAGUUGAUGAAGAAGACGAAGGAAGACCAGAAAUGCCGCUGGAAAGUGAAUCAUUCCCGGAAUAUGAAGGUAAGCAAAGGAAAUAAAUUAAAAAGCAGCCGGUAAGUAAACUUUUGAACUUCCUUUAUUUGCCAAAAUUAUGGUGCUUUCGCGAUAAGUGUGGAUUCUGUCAUCGGCAAUGGCAAGUUAUGCAGCUGUAGGAGCCUUCACCAGUCCCAGUUCAGCCAUCUUUGCUUUUAGACUGAGUUGCGGGUAUAUUUGUACAUUUCAUCUUGUUUUUUUUUGAGUGUCGAUUCCCGGAUUCUCCAGUCAAGACUAAGGGCGCCUUCCAUUUGUCAGAACUGACUGGACAGGACAUUUCCUUCGUAGUGAGAAUUCUAUUUUAAAUCAAAGCUAUUCAGCCAGAUCAAUCAAAUCCUAAAUAGUACGCACGAAGGAAAUCGUUUUUCAUCAACAACUCUUCGAAAAAGCCGAAAGAUAAAGGACUCAUUAAAUUGAAAUGGCCUUGAGUCGGCAAGAUGAAGUGAAUCCUCUGUUCUGAUUGGCUAUAUCCCAUUAGGCUAGGAUUUCCCAAUUCGGUCCCACAAGAAAAAAGCUCCCUUGACCGUAUAAUAAAUCAUUUAUCCGCGCGCUACCAAACUUGUUUGGUCAAUCAGUAACGCAUAAAAUUCAUCUUAUCAUAACAUAACAU